CAUCGUUCAUUCUUCAUUGGAAAGUCAACAAUACACGACUCCCUCAAGGCCAGUAUUUAUUAUUUCAGCGUCUAAAAGGCAAUGGAGGCGUACACAGGACUAUUCGGUUGGGCAUUUUUGCCUUCAAUAGCAACAGGCAUACUUCAAUCCAUCUGGUACUCCUUAAAGUAUCCCGUUGACUCUGGAGCCAAACCAGCACCCAACACACCUAAAUACCGUCGCCACUACAACCGCAUCUACUGUGCAGUUGUCCUCGCUUACUUGGCAUAUACAAUAAUUGAAGUCGACAGAGCUACGCAGACCAAUUGCUAUGAUCUGCUUGAUCUGAAUUUUCAUACAUUUUCUCAGAAGCAGCUCAAGACAAGUUUUAGGAAAGCAUCCCUUACAUUCCAUCCAGAUAAAGUCGGGCAGGCUGGUGCAGAUACGUUCAUUCGCAUCAGAGCGGCACAUGAGGUCCUGAGUGAUCCAGUAGUCAAAUCGGCAUACGAUCGAUUUGGACCAGACGUUAUCACUUGCACAACUUGCAAGACUAUUAAGGAUCACAUCACACGUGGCCUCUCGUCGUUUUAUACAUACUAUCUUAGUACUGGAGCUGUCUUAGUACUGAUGAGUCUUAUUGGAAAGGGACAAUUUGGACGAUAUUGGCGCUUUGUUGUGCUCUUUGGGAUGGCUGGAUUGGAACUAGCUAUGGUGACCCGUUCAAAACCGCUCACGUCCCUGUCCUAUAUUAUACCCCACCGUGUUACCUUUGAACAGAUCGCUAUCCUUCACCAAGCUUUCAUUUCAACUUUCAUUGCGAUCUCUCAGAUCGGACCAAUUCUAGUCCCUUCGAAAGAGCAAGAAAAGAACAACAUGAAGGCUCUGAUUGACCGCCUAGAACUGCUAACCGCACUUUCAAAUGCUGAAUCAAUUGGACAGCUGCAGAGUACAUUCGAUGCUUUUAGAGGCAGUGAGACAAAUAUGGCGCUUCUUAAGCGACAGAUGAGCAUGAUGGCAUUGGACACACGAUUAAUGCAGGACCAGUUGCUAAACGAAGCUCGGAACGCUGCCCAGCGACGGCUGAUACAGAGGAAGAGCACAUAGCCUGAAUUAACCAGCAAGUUAGCAUUCAUAUUUUAUAUUAUUCAAAGUAGUAUUCUGAAAGUUGGAGUGAACACUGACUAACUGUUAAGUCGCUCCUGUUCGUAAAAUAGCGUUCUUCAUAUAAAAUUAUUCAGUUUCUUAGGCAUGUAGAGCAACCAAUUGUUAAUUAUUGUUCCGUAC